CAUACAUACAGUAUUUGAUUGGAGAACAGUCAUUCUGGUCUCGUGACAAGGAAACGGUGUAAGAAAAGGUGACAGAAGGAAGAACUUUCAUUCAUUUGAAACAUGGACUACAGAGUGCUCGGCGUGGUUUUACUUUCUUUUCUCGCGUACACUUAUGCUGAUCCGGUCAAAUUUGUGGACUGCGGCUCAGUAGAUGGAAAAGUAGUUCAGGUUGACAUCAAGCCCUGCUCCCAACAGCCCUGCCAGCUUCACAAGGGGCAGUCCUACACCGUUAAUGUAACCUUCAGCAGCGGUGUUGCAAGUCAGACCAGUAAAGCUGUGGUGCAUGGUGUGCUUGCUGGUGUCCCUGUCCCCUUCCCCAUUCCAAUUGAUGAUGGGUGCAAAUCUGGGAUUCAGUGUCCGAUUGUUCCACAGAAAUCUUACAACUACGUCACCGAAUUGCCAGUCAAGACUGAGUAUCCAGCAAUAAAAGUGGUUGUGGAAUGGGAACUAAGAGACGACUCCAGCAAAGAUUUAUUUUGCAUCAAGUUCCCUGUUCAGAUCGUAAACUGAAAGUCAUCGCUGAAGUCAGGAUAAAAUGCUUACAAAGGGAUCCGAUUAGAAACAGAAGCAUCUGAAAGAUUGCCUGAAUAGCUUUUAAAUUUCUUAUAGAUUCAGAUUUUAUGAUUAUAUUAUUACCUUUUCUAACCAAGACAGAUUAGUCAUUUUAUUUUAAUGUAUUUUCUUUAACUUUGCACACAGAACCACUGUACAAACAUUGCCAAAUUCUAGUUUGUUGCUAAAAUUGCAUCAAUGAUUGACCAGAUUGAGAUGUUGACAAGCAGCAGUGAUCAAUUCAAGCUCUAGCUGCUGUGUGGCUACUUCUAAUGGUUUUAAUCCACAUUUCUUGGAAUGAUUACUUGUGAACUUUUAAGUUAAACUUUUAAAUCUGCUUCUUUAAUAAAAAAAUCUGAAUUAUUUUCUUAAAAUACUGCUUAAUGUGGCCAAAUUUAACAAGCCGCUUUGUACAUUACUGUCUGAAAUAAAAUACUUUUUUAUGGUAAACUA